GACAAAUUACGGGCGAAUGCCAUUCCGAAGUGGGGAGCGCGUACCGGUUCGAUCUGGUCAACGUCGCCCCUCCUGAUCGAGUGACUGCUCUGUCCCCCCACUCGCGCGUUCCUCCUCUAUGUUGCUGCCAACCUAGUAGCAGCCCACCCUGCCGCCACCCCGCCGUUGGCCGGCUGGCCGCCGCGCCGUCGCCAGUCUCCGCCGCUGAUCCCUCGCAUCUCGGCCGACGCCGUGGACCGACGCCCUCCUAGCUCAAGAGAAGUGUUAAGUAUGGCUGCCGAAUGGACUGAUGAGAACACCCGGAUCAUCGUCGAGUUGUUUGUCAAACAAUUGCGGGCUGGAAAUAUGCCAAACACUCAUUUGACACCCAAUGCAUAUGACGAUGUGGGAAAGGAGUUCCUGAUGAGAACUGGACUUGAGUACACGCAUAAGCAAGUGAGAAACAAAUGGGACAAGUUAAAACGUGAGUACAACCUAUUCAAGCAGCUCAAGCACCGCGAGACGGGUGGGGGGUGGGACUUUGAGAAAAACACGGUGAAACAAGAUAAUGAGUGGUGGAAGAAGGCAAAAGUUGACCUCCCAGGUUGUGGCAAGUUCAAGAAGCAUGGACUUCGUAAUGAAGAAGGCUUGCGCCUAUUGUUUGAGGAUAUCAGUGUCGAUGGUAGUGACCAUUGGAACCCCGCAUAUGGCAUGCCUCCCCCCUCUAGUGCAGCAUUAAAAGACGCCUUGAAUGUCGAUGAAAUCACUGAUCUGGAUUUGGAGGAUGAUACCGAGGAGCAAGCAUCUCCGAAAAUAGCUAGUGGAUCUAAAGUGAGGCUUGGGAUCACGAUUCCGGAGAAGAACAAGAGACCGAAGACCGCACAAGUGAUGCAGGAGGAGAUUAGAAAGAUUAGUUCCAUUGCCCAUGCUUCACACACAUCGUUUCAGUCUUUCCUACAGAAAGAUGAGACCACCUCUGUUGCCUCUACGAUGGAUUUAGUUCGUGCUUGCAGCGCAAUAGAAGGCACAGAUGAGCACUUCAUUGCUACUGAGCUCUUUAUAAAGAGGGAGCAAAGGGAGAUGUUCCUGCACAUGAUAGCUGACUCUCAAAAGGGUUGGUUGCGUAGGAGGUUUGACCUCAAGUAUGGGAACUAGUUUGUUCCAUCUUAUCUAUCGAUAAUAUUUGCUUAUGUUCUAUGCUAUCGAACAAUAUUUAUGCCUAUGUGUUGGCGAACCUAGUAUUAUGUUGUGCUAUCGGAACAAUAUUCAUGCCUAUGUGUUGGCGAACCUAGUAUUAUUUGUGCUAUCGGAAAAAUAUUCAUGCCUAUGUAUUGGUGAACCUAUUAUUUUGUUGUGCAUUGGGAAAAUAUUUAUGCCUAUGUUGGUGAACCUACUA